GUGUUUUUUAGUUUAGGUUUCAUUUUAAUUUUCAUAGAUGAGUCAUUAAACAGUUAAACAUUAUUUACAUAUUAAAAAGCAUACAAACAUUACAUUACAAACUGUUAAUGAUUCAAGUAAAGUACAUAUAAAGCUAACACUAGUAAAUAUGGAAAACUGACAAAUUGACUUGAUCGACAUACCUUUGACAAACUGCACAUUAUGGCAGUUAAUAAGGAAGUUGCAGGCGGGGCAAAGGUCUCUGUGGUUAUACAAGGGUAAAAAAGCAGAAGAAGCUACUGACUAAGUCACUUACUAAUACGAGAUGGGGCGAGAGGACAGAAGGAGGACAGCGUUAAGAAUUAAAAGUCAACAUCAAUAGAGUUUGGACCGCGUCAGCCCAAGGAGGGAUUAAUUGUGGAACUUGAGCUUUGUUGUUUUUGUCAACACAGUCGUAGCUGAAACGUGAGGUCAAUCUAGGAACAUAAAGGAAGAGACAAUUGUUGUUUGCGUGUAGUUUUAUAAACCAAACCAAAAAUGAAACUUUUUUCUUUCAAAAUCACCUCAGACCACUUGCUGCUCUUCGUACUAUCGAGUCUACUUUGGGGGUUAGUGCCCACUGAGAGUGUUACAGCGACAACAAUUACACCAACACAACCAUCAACCACUUCAGCUGCUGCUCUUUCAGCAACACAACAACAACAACCUCCUGAAAAUGUUAAGAAUGUGACUGUUUUGUACCGAAAUGUGAGUAGUAUAACUCUGGCGUGGGACAAGGUUAAGAACAUCUCUACGUACUUCCUCCAAAAUGAUAUAAAUCAAUCCACACUUAUCACAUAUCCAUCUGAAGGACCAGUUAAACAAAACGUCUUUUCACUUACUGCCGGGACAAAAUAUAAUUUCACUCUCAUCACAACCUUUAAUGGGAUCAACAGCACUGGAUACACAUUCAGUGCUGUGACAGAACCUCAAAACACAAAGGAGUUUAAAUCAGUUGGACAAAAUGAGACCAGUAUAACUCUACAGUGGAAAACAGUAGAUGCCAACUCUAGCUAUGUACUUAGGUUGAAUGGUGUAGACCAAAACAUCAGUGCAUCUCAAAAUAAAGAUGUGACCUACACAGUUCCAAAUCUUACAAGUGGGACAAGAUAUCUAUUCACUCUUUUUACUGUGCUUGAAAAUGUAAGAAGCACUGGAGUAAACCUCACUGCAGUCACUGUUCCAAGUAACGCAGAUGGCUUCAAGGCAGUGGGACAAAAUGAGACCAGUAUAACUUUACAGUGGAAAAAUUUAAAUUCCAACUUCAGCUAUGUACUUAGGUUCAAUGGUGAAGACCAAAACAUCAGUGCAACUCAAAGUAAUGAUGUGACCUACAUAGUCCUAAAUCUUACAAGUGGGACAAGAUAUCUAUUCACUCUUUUCACUGUGUUUGACAAUGUGAGAAGCACUGGAGUAAACCUCACUGCCGUCACUGAACCUCGAAACCCAGACAGCUUUGCAGUGGUUGGACAAAAUGAGACCAGUAUAACUCUACAGUGGAACAAUGUAAAUCUGAACUUCAGCUAUGAACUUAAGUUCAAUAAUAAAGACAUAAACGUCCCUUCAGCACCAAAUAAAACGGUGACAUACACAGUUCCAAAUCUUACAAGUGGGACCAAAUAUGUCUUCACUCUUUUCGCUGUGCUUGAAAAUGUAAGAAGCACUGGAGUAAACCUCACUGCAGUCACUGUUCCAAGUAACGCAGAUGGCUUCAAGGCAGUGGGACAAAAUGAGACCAGUAUAACUUUACAGUGGAAAAAUUUAAAUUCCAACUUCAGCUAUGUACUUAGGUUUGGUAAUAAAAACAUAAGCGUCAAUGCAACACAAAAUGAUAUUCUGACAUACACAGCUUCAAAUCUCACAAGUGGGAUCAACUAUAGCUUCACUCUUUUCACUGUGUUUGAAAAACUGAGAAGCACAGGAGUGAACGUCUUCGCAGUCACUGUUCCACGUAACGCUGAUGGUUUCCGUGCAGUGGGACAAAAUGAGACCAGUAUUACUCUACAGUGGGAAAGAGUCAAUGACAUUCCUAAUUAUACCCUUCGAUUUAAUAAACAAGACAUAAACAUAAGUACAGGAAGUCAACCAUUAACCCACACAGUCUUAAACCUGGAAAGUGGGACUAAAUAUGACUUUGCUCUCUUCACUCUAUUGGGAAAUGUGAGAAGCACAGGAGUAAACCUCACUGCAGUCACAGCUCCUGGAAAUGUUAAGAACGUGACUGUGUUGAACCGAAGCGUGAAUAGCAUAACUCUGACAUGGGACAAGGUUAAGAACAUCUCGACCUACACCCUUCAAUAUGACAACUAUGCUCAGUCCACAUCUCCCACCACAUCUCUUCAAGGAGGACCAGUUGUAGAAGUCUCUUCGCUUAAGGCUGGGACGGAAUAUAAUUUCACUGUCAUCACGGUGUUUGAGGGAGUCAACAGCACUGGAUACAGAUUCAGCACUGUGACGGCCAUAGACUGUGCCGGCGUGCCCUGGCAUGUGAGUAACUCGUCCAUCCAAGGAAGGGUCGACGGCUUGUUCAUGAAGGCAACAGCCACAAAUGGAUCACAAACUCAUGUCAGUGUUGGAGGUGGGAACGUGUCCUUCUCCGACCUUUACGCCGGCGCAACCUAUCAGAUCUCUCUUGUGUAUGGGUCAUAUACACAGUGCCGCCACAAUCUCACAAUCCUCCCUCCUGGUUUAAGGGCUCACUGUGAGUACUGGGCAUCUGGCUACUCCAUCCGCGUUGAGUGGAAUAAGCCAGACGGUGUGUGGACUGAGGUGGAGCUUAACGUGACUGGACAGACUCAUAGUACGACUGCAGGCUUUAUUGUGAUACCUGGAUUCUCACCUGCCAAAACAUACGAAGUGUCCGUAGCAGCGCUGUCUGGAACUUUAAGGAGCUCCGUACCGUUUGUUUUUCAGUGUUCUACUGACCCAAGAGGUGUCAUUGGGGGCUCUGUAUUCGGUGUGCUGCUAGUUAUUUUACUAGUGUGUCUGAUUGUCUUCAUCUUGUUGAGAAGGCCAGAGUUAAUCAGAAAAAACACAUUUGUGUGUGGAUCUGAGUUAUCGACUAAAAAGAGCAGGGCCAUUUCUGUGGAAGCGUUUGCUGAACACUUCCGCCAGCUGAGUCUGGACGACAACAGGGGUUUCAGCGCAGAAUAUGAGAGCCUCAUUCCCGUUGGCACAGAGCAGACACGAAAAGCAGCUCUUCUGCCCGAGAACAAACCCAAGAAUCGCUUCAACAAUGUGCUGCCAUAUGACUGGUGUCGGGUGAAGCUGACUACUACUACGUCUGCUGGAAUCUCCGACUACAUUAAUGCCAAUUACAUGCCAGGCUACAACACCAGGAGGGAGUACAUUGCCACACAAGGUCCCUUACCGUCAACAGUCAAUGAUUUCUGGAGGAUGGUCUGGGAACAAAACGUUCGAGGCGUUGUCAUGGUAACCAAUUGCACUGAAGGUGGCCGGACUAAGUGUGAACAAUACUGGCCUGCAGACAGUAAUCCUCGCCUUUGUGGAGAUCUGUUGGUCACUACAAGGUCUGAGGAACAGGCGCCUAACUGGACACUGAGACAAUUCAGUGUGAAGCAUCGAGGCACCACAGAGAAGCGCAGAGUGAGACAUCUCCACUUCACUUCCUGGCCUGACCAUGGGGUCCCUCAGUGCACAAAGGUCCUGAUUCAGUUCAGAGGACUGCUGAGACACCACAUAGAGACAGAGGGCACCGAGGCCCCCACUGUGGUCCACUGCAGCGCUGGAGUGGGGAGAACAGGCACAAUUAUUGCCCUGGAUGUGCUCCUUCAGCAGCUGGAGAAGAAAGGAUCAGUGAACAUUAAUGGCUUUGUGCACCAAAUGAGGCUGAGUCGACCCCACAUGGUGCAGACAGAGUCCCAGUAUGUUUUCUUGCAUCAGUGUAUCAUGGACUCCCUGCAGUCAGAAGAGAAGACAGACGAACACAUAUACGAGAACACGGACAUGAUAUAUGCCAACGCAGCUGCCAUCCAAGAGUUUCAGCGCAACACGAGCGUGUAAGCCUGUCAGAGACUGUCAGUCUGAAACCCCCUCCUAGCAUCUACAGGCAACACCACACUGUAACUCUAAAUAGAAAAAGGACUUAUUUACUGUAUCUGUGUAUUUUAUUUAACUUUCAAAUGAUUUCUUAUCAGAGUGUGUAAUAUUAUUAAUAUUAUUGUUUUAGAAAGGAACAACACUCCAGGUGACCACUGAAUGUUUUCACAUUAGAUUUAUUAAAAAGUAUAAAUACA